UUGAAGCAUAAUUUUUAAGUAGAUUAUUAUUUUGAUUAACUGACAUAUACUUGAUCUUGAAAAAGUUACACUUUCACCGUGAGAAACAAAUACGACAGUAAAAUCAAGGACAGAAAGAAGAAAAUUGUUUUCAAUACUUAAUAAAAAGAAGAGUAGACUUUAUCUUGGCAAUGACAUGUCAUUGACCUAAAAACAAGAGUGUUUUAAAAAAAACUUAUCAAAUCCAUUUUAACAAAUCUAUUAUGGAAUCACCACCACCAUUCAUAAAAACCAUUGAGUGGGAAAUGAUGAACAAAAAAAAAUUUUUCCCACUCUCAAUGUUAUCAUCAUUUUCGGUACGUUGUGCACUUUUUCCACUAACCGUCAUCAAAACACAAUUACAAGUUCAGUUUAAGAAUGACGUCUAUAAUGGGAUGAUAGAUUGUGCAUGUAAAAUUUACAAAACUGAAGGUGUAAAAGGACUCUAUAGAGGCUUUUGGAUAUCAUCAUUUCAAAUUGUCUCGGGAGUAUUUUAUAUAUCAACUUAUGAGGGUGUCAGAUAUUUGUUACGACAACGAGGAUAUGGUUCCAGUACAAAAGCAAUUGUUGCAGGUGGAGCAGCUAGUUUAGUUGGACAAACAAUCAUUGUGCCAUUUGAUGUCAUCUCACAGCAUAUGAUGGUUUUGGGAAUGAAUGCUCACGGACUAAGACAUGGUCAAAUAAUUAAUCCAUUAGGAAUAAAUACAGAGUUAAGGAAAACAGAACUUGCUAUACAGAUAGCAAGAGAAAUAUAUCGAAAAGAUGGAAUCGCAGGAUAUUAUCGAGGCUAUACUGCUAGUUUAUUAGCUUAUGUGCCUAACUCAGCUCUUUGGUGGGCUUUCUAUCACUUUUAUCAAGAUGAACUAUUUAAGAUAUUGCCAGCAAAUACAUCACAUUUAUUUAUUCAAUGUGUUGCGGGUGCUAGUGGAGGAUUUACUACGACAAUAAUUACUAAUCCACUUGAUAUCAUUCGUGCAAGAUUACAAGUGCAGCGACUUGAUUCAUUUGCCAGAGCUGCUGUUGAGCUUUGGAUCGAAGAAAGAUUUCAUAUGUUUUUUAAAGGUCUUUCAGCUCGUCUUGUUCAGUCUGCUGCCUUCUCUUUCAGUAUAAUUUUAGGAUAUGAAACUAUAAAGAGAAUUUCAGUAAACGAUCAAUAUAAGCACAUGAUAAAAUGGUAAACUUAAUUAAAUUAGCACAAUUUUAAGCAUAUAUUCAUAAUUCCAUCAAUAAUGAUGCUGUUAACUGAAC